CAGGCUGCAGGCGUUUCAUGUUUAAAGAAGAGGAUGCCCUAAUAUGGGUGGAUUAGACAGGCUGGUUAAGGCGGCAUGUUUUCUCUGCCUUGUAGCCUGUCUCAUCUUUUCAGGAACAGCUUUGAACCCAGAAGGUGAGGGUAAGUCGGAUAAGGAGGUCCUAGACGAGUUGCUUAACGGAUCUAGGUACGACAAAAGACUUAGACCUCCAGUAAGCGAAGAUCCAUUAAUCGUAAACAUGAGUGUACUUCUUCUCAGCCUUGCUUCACCUGAUGAAUCCAGCCUGAAAUAUGAAGUAGAAUUUCUUCUUCAACAACAAUGGUUUGAUCCCAGGCUGGCCUAUAAGAACUCCACGACUUUUGACUUUCUAAAUGCUAUUCAUCAUCAUAAUGACCUGUGGCUCCCUGAUACAUACUUUAUCAUGCAUGGUGACUUUAAGGAUCCUUUGAUUCCUGUACAUUUUGCACUUCGAAUAUUCAGGAAUGGAACUGUCAACUAUCUUAUGAGGAGACAUCUGAUAUUGAGUUGUCAAGGAGCUUUGCACAUAUUUCCAUUUGAUGAUCCGCAGUGUUCAUUUGCCAUGGAGAGCAUUUCUUAUGAGAAUUCAUCAAUCAGAUAUGUGUGGAAAAAUGAUGAGGACACAUUAAGAAAAUCACCUUCUCUAACAACAUUAAAUGCAUAUCUUAUACAAAAUCAAACUAUAGAAUGCCCUAAAAAAUCAAUUUGGAGAGAUGAUGAGGACGCAGCUGAGCCGAAUAUAUGUUCCCUGUGUCAGCGAAGGUUCGAACAACAAGGAAAUUACAGUUGCCUUAAGGUGGACCUUAUAUUUACUAGAGAUAGAGCAUUCUAUUUUACGACAGUUUUCAUCCCAGGCAUAAUACUUGUCACAUCAUCAUUCAUCACUUUUUGGCUUGAAUGGAAUGCUGUUCCAGCUCGUGUCAUGAUUGGAGUAACUACAAUGCUCAACUUUUUCACCACUUCUAAUGGAUUUCGUUCCACUUUACCGGUGGUCUCCAAUCUUACAGCUAUGAAUGUCUGGGAUGGUGUGUGCAUGUGUUUCAUAUAUGCUAGCCUUCUGGAAUUCGUUUGUGUAAACUACGUUGGUCGAAAAAGACCUUUGCACAAUGUUGUGUACCGACCAGGAGAAAAUCCAGUGACACAGGGGGACAAGAAAUCUGAAGGAAAUGCAACUAAUGACAUUGUUACUUGCACAAUGUGUGGUCCAAACCCCUGCACACACUCAGCUAAUAACGGGUGUGCAACAGAGAAUUGCGUGACAGUGACUUCAGGGCCAUUUUCUACAUUAGAGGUGAGGAAGAAAGAACCUCCACACCCUAUACGAGUCGCCAAAACAAUUGAUGUCAUUGCUCGUAUAACAUUUCCUACAGCUUAUGCUAUUUUUCUUAUUUUUUUCUUCAUUCACUACAAAGGCUUUUCAUAA